UACCAAAGUAUGCCUUGCAAGAACUAUCUCCGAAUUAAUUACGACAAAUAUUAACGUCUGUAUAAAAAUGUUUGCCAAACUGCGAAGGAUUUAUCGAGGUGCCGAAGUGGACAUCUCCACUCAAGAACCCGGCUGCUCGACUGACUUGUCCAGCUUGGAAACAGGUGCACAUGCCAAGAAAAAAGGGGUUCAGGUCCUCGUAAGUGGCAUACAGCAGUUGCUCCUCUUUCUGGCCGUGUUCUUUUUAAGUCCCGUGCUCAUCUACAGUGGUUUUAAGAUCUUCGUUUUGAAGCCACUAUAUCCUGUGGACCCCGACAACAAUGUGACCAUUGGUUCAGCCAUUGCCACGGUGAUCGUGAUGCAUGUCCUGGUCAUUGGAUACAUUCUGCGCCUGAUCUUUGCAGAGGAAGUAUCUGGUAUGGAGCAGCAGAAUGUAUCGGAUUUGGAAAUCCUGAUGCCGCAGAGGCAUGGCUCUGUGCUAAAUGUCCUGCUGCUUAUGUCCUACUGCGCCCUGAUAGUUGGCUUUCCCAUUGCCACAUUUUGUGCCCUGAAGUUUGUGGUCCUCAAGGGCUUAGCCAACAUCAAUGCGGAUAUCAUCUCGGCCAUCUGUACAGUGGUGGCCGUCCAUGGGGCCGUUGGCUUCUUCAUCUUUCGGGCCAUCUACUCCAAGACUCCGGUCAUGGGCAAGAAUCUGUGAAACCACAGUUACGUGAAGCAAUCCUCAUCACAAUAAUUCUAUUUAUGGAAUAAUCAGUUACUGUAUUCAUCA